AUGGAAACUUGUUCUGAAUAUUUUGAAAAUUUCACAUGGAGAAUUGAAGAUUUCUCAACAAAGAAUGGCAUGAAACUAAAGUCCAAAUACUUCAAAAUCCGCGGUUACACAUGGAGGAUACUUGUUCAUCCACUAAGGAAGGAUGUUGAUCAUUUUACAAUUUAUCUAAUGGUUGCUGAUUCUUUACCACCAUAUGGAUGGAAUAGAAACACUUUUUUCAAGUUGGUUUUGAUUAAUCAACUUGAUAAGAACAAGUCCAUUGUAAAAGAGACUCAACAAAAGUUCAAUGGAGGAUAUAGAUGUUGGGGUUCAUUUUUCAUAAGUCUCAAAGACUUGAAUGAUCACAAACAAGGAUAUCUUGUAAGGGACACAUGCAUAAUUGAAGCUCAUAUAUGUGUCUCCAAUUUUACACCCAAAAUUCAUGACAUCAAUUCUUUGAAUCCUAAUUCAACAUAUCAAUCUUCAGAUAUAAAGGAAACAGUUUGUCCAAGAGCAUCGUGUUCUACUUCUAGUCCAAGAGCAUCGGGUUCUACUUUUAGUCCAAGAACAUCAAGUUCGGAUUUAACACUACGAGACUUUCUAGAUUUGGAAAAUUUAAAACCCGAAGAAAAAUGUUUUAUUCCACUUUUAGAUGAAAUUUGCACGUGGCGUCCGUCUUUGAUUGAGAGUUUAAUGAAAAAAACUCCUUUGUUUCGACAAUGGGCUUUUACAUCGUUAGGUCAAGUUUUGUAUUUUCUUAAGACGAAGAAAGUGAAAGAAAUGAAUGAAGACGAUAUUGAGAAAAUUAGAAGUUUGUGGGAGGAACUUGCGAAAUCGUCUGAAUUGGACUUGAGUUGGUUAGAACCUUAUGUUCAAUCUGCUUUAGGUGUGAAAUCUCAUAUGGAAAGAGCAAAGAAGUUAAAGAAACUAAAGGAUAAAGUUGUUGCUUUGGAUAUUAAAAUGAAGAAGCUUAGGGAUGAAUUGACUGCUUCACAAGCACAGUAUGAGAUUGCAAGGAAAGGCUUAUCAGAAGUAAGAAAUGGUUUCCAAGAAAUGAAUAUUAAUGCUCCAAUAGGUUAUACUAUGAUCUAG